AUGAUAAGAAAACUUAACAGUAAAAGAACUAAUUCAAAUGUAUUUCACAUGCUAACAGAAAAACAAAUUAGAGAAUUGAGAGAUGCGUUUAAUUUGAUAGAUACAGAUAACGAUGGAGUUAUUUCAGAGAAAGAUUUUAAAAUAUUCACAGAAUCAAUAGGUUCCCCGUUCUCAGAAAAUGAAAUGAGAGAAAUGCUUGAUCAAAUCAGUCCAACAUACAACUUUAUGACAUUUCUUUCUUUAAUUGGAGAUAAACUAUCGAAUAUUUCAUCAGAAUCUGAUCUUAUUUCCAGUUUUAAAAUGUUUGAUAGUAAUAAUUCAGGAACAAUCACUAAAGCCCAAUUUUUAGAAAUAAUUGAUAAAGAUAAAUACACUCAAAAGGAAAUUAAUAUUUUAUUAAAGGAUUGUACGACUGAAACCAAAAUUGAUUAUACAAAAUUAGUACAAAAAAUAAAACACGGUGAAAUAUUAGAAUAA